AUGGAAGUAUACUUCAGACCUCGAGACUACAGAGCCGAAGAAGAAGCAUACUCGCUUCCUCGAGCACGCGCCGAUACUCAUCCUCUAUCUCUAUCCGCUCCAUCUUUAUCGCACAACCAGGUUGAUGUCGUGGAUCAUGAGAAUGAUUUCUUUGAUCCACUGAGGGCGUCAGACGCUAAAGAAGCAGUGGCUGUGGAGGAUUUCCAGGAUGGAGGGGAUGGCUUUACCCCAGGGCUACCUCGUCAAGCUGAGGUGCAACUUCCGGCAAAGGAAUGGACCUCUUUUAAGAAAAUCUUAAUGCAAAGAUUGCUUCNCGAACUCAAAGAUGAAAUUAGUCGUGCUUGGCAGGCUGGUGAUCGUGUAACAGCUUUAAAAUUGUCUAUUAAGGUUGCUAGGCUUCUGAUGGACACAUCUGUAGCACAAUUUUAUCCAACACUAUUUGUCCUAGCUACUGAUGUAAUGGAUAUGGUCGGAGAUAUGGUCUGGGAACGGAUUAGGAGAAAAGCUGAAUUUGCUGAAGAUGGAACCAUAAUCUGCUCUUUACCAGAGAAUUUUCAAGCAACUGAAAUUUGCAUUGAUGCCAAAGAAACCUGCUAUAACUGGUUCUGCAAAGUUGGUUCCAUCCGUGAGCUCCUUCCACGCAUAUUGCUUCUUGAUCAUAUCUGGAACAAAUUUACAAAACAGGAUUUGUUUUCCCUGAUUAGUUUUGGGCUUGAUAUCUAUGUUGUUGACAAUUCUGCAGCAGGAUAUCUGAAAACGUGCAUUAAUGACCUAAAAGUUUUAUUGAUGCGGAUUGUAUCAGCAACAGAAAUCACAUACGGAAGGUUUUCAGGAAACAGAAGGUUGCUCAUCAGCCUGAUGGAACCAACUAUUGAGUAUCUUGUGAAGUGCAUAUUCAAGGAUUCAUCUCAGACAGAUAUUGAAGAUGUACUUGUGGGGCUUGGACUAUGGGAACGUCAGUCAGAGUUGUUUGGAAAAUCCCCAUGUAUCUCAAUUAUUCUUUAUCAUUUACUCAGAGAACUUCCCAUUGAGGUAGUCAGUUCUACUGCUGUGGAGAUAUUUCAUCUUAUUGAGUGUAGUGACGAUUGUUCCUUCGAUCAGUGCUUGAAUUACAGGUUACUGGGUUUCAGGCUGUGUGAAAGUAUGUCCCAAAGGAACAUAGUUGAUGUGGUAAUGGAUAAAGUCCUUGAGGUUGUUUCUCAAUACAACAGCCUUGAUGAGUACUUGAAGGUUGUUGAUCCCUACGUGGAUAUUGUUCUUCAGAAUCAGAUGGAUAAUUAUCUGAACGUCAUACUUGAUGGUAUUUUUGAGAGAGCAUGCAAUGAAGGGGUCACCAAAAAUUCACUGGCAAGCUUGCAAUCGAUUCUUGUGAAGCUUCUUACUCAUUUUAACAACUCAGAUGUCAUAUUUGCACUGAACCAUUUCAUUGAGAUCUUAGAUGUGAUGCAUGGGAGUUCAAGGAGCAUUGUCAGUAUUCACAUUCUCAAUAUCGCAACGAGGAAUGGUUGCAUUCGUGACCCAACAACUAUACAAUUGCUUUUUGAAGUUUCUCAGGUCUUGCAUGAUGGUAUAGAUUUCUCAAACUCGAGAAACAAUGAUAAUCAGCAGCCGGCACAUCUAAUUUCUCAAUUUGUACACAUGGUUGACUAUGGGUCAGAGGUGGAACGCCAUUUAACAUUUCUGUUGGAAUGCCGUGAAGCUUUUGGCAGCAUCAGUGAGCUCAAGGAGACCCUUAUCCAUUCCAGCAACCGAUUAGCUAUUAAAGCUAUGAAAGAAGGGAAAAAUCAUUAUAGUUUUGUCAGAUCUUGCCUAGCAUUUAGUGAAGUUACAAUACCUUCCAUUCCAUCUCUCUUUAUGCAGUUGAACCUUUAUCUUGAGACUGCAGAGGUGGCCUUGUUGGGUGGCUUAGUUUCUCAUUCAGAUGGACUUAUAGAUUCCGCAAUCAACUGCUUGCAAAAUUUUGAUGUAGUAGAUGGCUUGCAGAUGCUUAGCAAUGUUGAUGGGAUUCCCUCCUUAACACAAAAGUUAUGCAGCCUUGUGGUUUUGGUUCCAGGUAAUCUCGAACAAGGAAUCACCCACAUCUCAAAGAGCAUAGUAUCACUCCUUAACUGCAAUUCAUGGGUGACAGCAAGAGUGAGGAUAAGGGUAGUAUGUGCAAUUGUAUCAUUGUCUGCAACUCUGUCUCAGAAUGAGCUCCCUUACCAUUCAAUCCAUAAAGAGGUAAUCGGCAAUGAUCAUUUAUUCUUUGGUGAUCCAACCUAUUUGCAAGAAUUUCUGUCUCUGUCUAGUGGUAUUAUUCAGAACAUUUUUGAUGUUAUUUUACAAGAGCCUUCUCAGGCUUCUCGUGGAACUAUGGCGCUUGAAGCUUGCAACUGUAUGGCAUCAUCUUUCAAACUGAGUGGUGAUAUAUUAGCAGUUUGCUCGAGACUGAUGGAAACUGCCAAGGUAUGUUUGAGUGCUAAUGACAGAUAUCUGCUGUCCACCAUGAAAUUCGUUGAUAGACAACGACAGAUUUUCCUAAGGCAGAAUCAUGAAUAAGCUGAAAGAUGGACGCAAGGGCAGGAAUUGAGAUACGUUCGACUGAUUAUUAAUUGCUUGAGAAGUGCUCAUUGUAUUUUCUGAUGCUUUCAUGGAUUUGGAAUAACCCACAAAACUUGAACAGAAAGUGCAUAGUAUUAGUAUAGGUAAUUAGGUAUAGAUAUGUCUUUCAUUCGAAUACAUGUUCCAUACGGGAGGCUCAGUCAAUAUACGUUCAUUACAGUACUUGCAAAGAUGCACAUAUGACGUUAAAAUGCGUGAAUAAAAGUUAAAAAAAAUGCAUGGUUG